UGUGUGCAGGUUCACAGGCCGGCUCCCUUCCCUAGGAGAAGCGGCUGGUGGCCUGGGGUCCUCGGGGCGCCGCGGCGGGCGCCGGCCCGGGGCUGCUGCAGGGCAGUGGUUGGGGCCCGGCUCCUCCUCCCCUUCCUCCGCGGAGGCUGACGUGGAGGCAGCCGCGCGGGCGGCGGCGGCGCGGAGGCUCGGUGGUGCCCGGCCCUCUCCGGGCUGCGCGGGGCCGGGGUGGAGGCGGCGACAGGAGCCGGAGGAAGAGAAAGGAGGCGUCUGUGCAGCCGGCCGGCGCACGCAGGAGGGGACAUGGACGGCGAUCGGACCGAGAGCGACUGGCAGGGGCUGGUGAGCGAGUACCUGGUAUGUAAACGGAAGCUGGAGAGCAAGAAGGAGGCCCUGCUGAUCCUCUCCAAGGAGCUGGGCACCUGCCAACAAGAGAGGGACCAGUACAAACUCAUGGCCAACCAGCUGCGAGAACGACAUCAGUCUCUGAAGAAGAAGUAUCGAGAGCUGAUUGACGGAGAUCCAUCUCUUCCCCCUGAAAAGAGGAAGCAGGCUAAUCUUGCACAGCUGUUGAGAGACUCUCAGGACAGGAAUAAACAUCUGGGAGAAGAAAUUAAAGAGCUUCGGCAGAGGCUUGGCGAGGUCCAGGGUGACAAUAAGCUGUUGAGGAUGACAAUUGCUAAACAAAGGCUCGGAGAUGAAGAGAUUGGCAUGAGGCAUUUCGCAGCCCAUGAGCGGGAGGAUUUGGUGGAGCAGCUGGAGCGAGCUAAGGAACAGAUCGAGUCCUUGGAACAUGACCUGCAGGCCUCGGUGGAUGAACUCCAGGAUGUUAAGGAAGAGCGGGCUUCCUACCAGGACAAAGUGGACAGGCUGAACCAGGAGCUCAACCACAUCCUGGGUGGUCACGAGAACCGGAUCAUUGAUGUGGAUGCUCUGUGCAUGGAGAACAGAUAUCUCCAAGAGAGAUUGAAACAACUCCAUGAGGAGGUCAGCCUUCUGAAGUCAAACAUUGCCAAAUACAAGAAUGCUCUGGAGAGACGGAAGAACUCCAAGGGCCAAGGCAAGUCCAGCAGUAGCGCUCUGACUGGGGUCCUGUCUGCGAAGCAAGUCCAGGAUCUGCUCUCUGAAGAUCACGGGUGCAGCCUCCCAGCUACUCCACAGUCCAUUGCUGACCUGAAGUCUCUGGCCACGGCCCUGCUGGAGACUAUCCAUGAGAAAAAUAUGGUCAUUCAGCACCAGAGACAAACCAACAGAAUCCUGGGGAAUCGAGUGGCAGAGCUGGAGAAGAAACUAAGAACUCUGGAAGUUUCUGGUUUGUGGAGUCUUCCAGGCCUGAGCUACAAUGUUUCAGUCGGAUUUGGGAGGGGCAAGGACACUAUACUGUUCAGUGACCAGACUCUUCCCACUAUACAGAGGUCAAGGUCCCCACUGUUGAAGUUUGUGGAACAGCCCACUGAGAACAAGGAGAGCCCCAGGGAUGGGGAGGUUCAGAAGCAGGAGACAGAUGAAAGCUGUGUAGCUGCUGAGGCGUUGACAGUGCCUGAGGAUGCUGGGAAGCCUGCUGUCAGCUCCCCAACACAGCUGGGCAACAGGAACCAGAGCUCAUGCUCUCCUCAUCCUCCGUUACCCCAGAUACCUUCAGAGGACGUAAACACAGUGGGAAAGGAGGCCAUUCAACUGACUGAUGGACAGGAGGUUGCAGACCUGGAGGAGGUCACAAGGGACGCUCCCAUGGAAGAACAGAGGUGUGAGCCGGGCCUGUCCCCACCUAGCCUGGCCUCCCAGGGAAAGUGCACCACAACUCCCCAGGACCACUUGCCUUCCAUGCAGCCAGAGGCCAAAGCAUCCAGUGUGGAUGGUAAUGGAGGGCUCUCAGAGGGCGGAGACACAAGAAGCACUGUGCAAACCUGAGGGAAAGAGAGACUGGCUGGGUGACACACUGAUGGCCCCAGGGAUGGUGAGGAAAGGCUGAAGGCUCAGAAAAGGCAUCCAACCACUUUUGCCUAAAACACCUUCCUGUCUGCAAAUGAGAAAACGCUCUGAUCUGGCUACAAGCUGGGAGCACCCGAUGGUGCCAGCUCUGUCUGAUUUAUUAAAUGCUGGUCUGUGAGCUACUUGGUGUCACCUCUGUCUGCCAAAGACGUGCUGCUGUGAACACGGCCAGGCACAAGAAUCGUAGUUGCCAUAUGGCUGCCUUUCCCCUUUCCACAUCUCUUCCUGUCAGCAUUUGUUUUAUUAGAGAGAAGAUGUUUUUCUAUUAGCAUUUAAUGUUGUCCAUCAAAGUGAUGGGCAAGCUGGGAAAGAAAGGGUUUGGUUUUUUUUUUUUUUCCCCCUGGGUCUCAGUCUUGGGAAUAACUGGGUGGCUGGAAGAAAGAUGUAAUGGAAUGAAAUGCAUUCAUGGGGCCAUGGCUGCACUUUGUCAUGGAGGGGUCUCUGAGGAUCCCCUAGAAGUAGAUGUUCUUGGCACCCAGUGUUUUACAAUGGUAGGUAGGAGGGACCAGAGCAGGCUGGGAAAGUCAGGCUAUUUGUUGACUGAGUACAGAUCUAAGGGUUCUAGCCUAGGUCUGGAGCUUUCGAUGGCCUAAAGGGAUGGGUAACAAGGAGCUGCCAGGGGAAGGAACUUCCUAAUGGCAUUCUGAUUUGUUGUUAUUAUUGUUAUUUACACAAUGUUAGAAAUACUAGCUGUCUUUAUCCCGCCCAAGCUGCACAGGAUAAUGGGGAUAGUUGGUUCUGGGAGAAGCUCACUGUUUAGCUUCAUCCCAUUUCCCCAUACCACCUGAAACCCUGAACCACUCACUCCAUCAACAGAAUGUUGCAUCUGGGCCUCCAGGUACUAGAGUUCUACAGUACACAGGACUCUGAACUUGCGGCCUAAUAGGGAAGGAUCAAAGAUGAGUUCAUUACAGCCUUGACCACUGUACACCAAGAGUAAGGUCCAAUGGGGGAGGAGGGAGUAGACCACUCUGCCUGCUACUUCCUCACAGAGUGAAGAUAAGCUACAGAAAUUUGCAGGGCCAUUGAGCCCAGACUGUCCUUUGAGCUGGGCUCAGUUCCUUUCCCCAGGUAUGUGAGGUGGCAGAGAUCCCCAAGCUCACACCACCUCUGAGAGCCAGAUCUCGGAAACUCCAGCUAGAAAGGGAAGCUCAGAGAUGGUACGUGUUUCCAUUCAUCCUAAAACCUGUCUGUGUCCUGGGACUCCCAGGGACAAGGAGAUACCUUUAGACAGGGUCCCAGUGUUCUAUUCAUCCCACUGUAUUUCAGUUUGUCCCUUCCCCAUGAAGGCCAGCCACAUGGAGGAGGAAGCCCUGAGGCUAUGAGUUCAACACAGGCCAGUAGUCCCGAAGGUGCCUUUUUUGCUGGAUAGGGGCCUCAGGUGGCGGUAUGUGUUUGGCUACAUGUGGUCAGUAUUGCUGCAUAGUACACCAGGGCUGCCAAGGGAAAUGCAGCCAGAUGUGACUCAGUAAAAGAAAAUAAACAUUUGCACCUCCCAGAAGCUCUGGCUUGGACACACAUCCAACAGGGGCCAUUCAUCAGUUUCAGGAGAGAGGGGUUUAUAGUAAACUCUGGCACAGUCUAGUAGGGCAAGAAACUGCAGUGAGCCCCAGGGUCUCUGCUUUAGGAAACCAGGAUGACAGGGGUCCAUAACUUGAGCCCAUUGGGAGGGACCUGUGUUAUUAGAUGGAAUCAGAGCCAAUAAGCUGAUGUUGUUACAUGUGUAACCUUGACAACAUAGAUCGCCACUUCUGCUGUGCCCACCCAAAAGGAUUCUCCUCCUCCAGACAAUAAAGAAAGUUCUAGCCACUAA